AGACAUCCCCCACGACUAGUGCUCCUCGAGCCGUCUCAUCGAUUUCUGUCGUUUGUCAGUUAUUCAGAAAUGCUCCGCCCCGGCUCUUCAGUAAGCUAUAAUAGCUCAAUGAAUCAAGUUUCAAUAGAUGCACACCCGUCAGAUCAGGCAAUUAUUGUACGAUUUGAACAAUCUCCUAGUUCUUCAGCAGGAAUUUCAAUAAAAAAGCGAGCUUCUUCAGCGAACGUUGAGUCUCUUGGCCAUCAAAAAAUAAUCCACUUGAAAGAAAUGAGUCUGGAUGUAGAUAUUCGUGCUUUAUCAAAUGUUAUUCUUCAAAAAUGUCUUUUCAUUCCUGCCACGUCACGAAGUCAAUUGGAGCAGGUUUUGUUCUACAUUCAAAAAAGAGGAAAUCAACGAAUAAGUGCGAGAUCAAGAAGUUCUUCGGCCGUUUCAUUUGAUCGAAGGCCUAUUCAUAGUCCUACAAUUAGUGCAGAAUUAGGGAAAAUAGAUGAGUACAUAGAAUGCUUCUACGGUGAAACUUCUGUUGAGAAAAACAAAGGAGCCGUGGCACUUUAUGAACUUUCAAAAAAUCCUCAAAACCUCACACAGCUUGUGAACAAUGAAACUCUUAUGAUGGCACUGGCAAGAGUAUUCCGAGAAGACUGGAAGAAACACUUUGAAGUUGGAACCAAUAUUAUGAACCUUUUUGUGAAUAUUUCCAAGUUUUCAUGUUUACACGGAAUUCUGCUUCAUCACAAGAUUGGUACUUUAUGUGUAAAUGCAAUGGAACAUGAAACAAAACGGUACGAUUUUUGGAUUGCUGAGAUGAAAAAGACGGAUCAAGAGACAUUGAGAAAACUAAAAACAGCCAUUCGAAAACAGGCGAUGCUAUUGGCAGCAUGUGUCACUUUUCUUACCAAUCUAGCCACGGAUAUCAGUGUCGAAUUGAAAAUGGUCCGAAGAAAUUUGGUGGCACUUCUUGUCAAAUGCCUCCAAAUGUCAUCAGAAUCUACAAGUUCACUAACAACUGCAACUAUCAAGUUUCUUCUUAAAUUAAGUAUUUUUGAUGAAAAUAAGAUUGUAAUGGAACAAAAUGGAACAAUCGAAAAACUUUUGAAACUAUUUCCAAUUCAAGAUCCAGAACUGCGAAAAGCAGUUAUAAUGCUUCUUUUCAAUUUUUCAUUUGACUCCAAAAAUCUACCAAAAAUGGUGAAUGGAGGUCUUGUACCACAUAUGGCAUCUCUAUUGGACAGUGACACGAAGGCAUUGAAUAUGAUGUAUUUAUUAAGUUGUAAUGAUGAUGCAAAAGCAAUGUUAGCAUACACCGAUGCUAUUAAAUUGCUAAUGAAAGAUGUGCUAAGUGGAACAGGAAGUGAAGUGACAAAAGCAGUCCUGUUGAAUAUUUGCCUCGAAAAACGAAAUGCUCAGUUGGUAUGUGGACAACGUGGUCAAGGAUUAGAUCUUCUUAUGGAAAUGUCUAUCAACUCGAGAGAUCUAAUGCUCAUAAAGGUUGUUCGAGCGAUUUCAAGUCACGAAGGUGCGACGCAGAAUAUGUUUUUGAAGUGGAUUGAAACUCUUAUCGGGAUUGCAAAAAAUGAAGGAGCAGACAACUCAGAGUCAAAAUCUUCAUUUGGUUUAGAAUGCAUGGGUACAGUUGCUGAGCUCAAAGUUGCUCCGUGGGCAAAAAUAAUUCAAUCUGAAAAUCUUGUUCCUUGGAUGAAAACUCAACUUCAAGAAGGAAUUGAUGAAUCCGAAGAAGUGACAGUACUUCGAGACAUAAAACCUCUCCAACUACAAAUUGUAAUUGCUUGUGGAACAAUGGCUAGGCAAUUGGAUGCAGCUAGGUUAUUGGCUCCUUUGAUUGAUACAUUUGUGCAGUUAUUACAAUCAUGCCAAAUUGAUGAUGAGUUUGUUGUGCAACUUCUCUACGUUUUCUUGCAAUUUUUAAAGCACAAGGAACUAUCUGCUCGCCUGAUGACUCAAGAUUCAGCUCUCGGAGCCCAUAUGAUCGAUUUGAUGCACGAUGCAAACGCAGUGGUUCGAGAAGUUUGCGAUAAUGCCCUUUUGAUAAUGGGUGAACAUUCAAAAGAAUGGGCAAAACGGAUAGCUGGAGAGAGAUUCAAAUGGCACAAUGCACAAUGGUUGGAGAUGGUUGAGCGAGACGACAGCGAAUUCGUAGAUUACGAUGAUGAAGAUUUUGGAGCUGAUCUCAAAUUUGAUCACUAUGAUGAUGGAUUUGAUAUGAAUGAGCCCCUUUUUUAACUUUUGUUUGUUGUUUUUUUAACCUACAAAUUAUAUAUUUUUACUUAAUAAAUGAAUGUUUUGAUUUAUAUGCAAAAAAUUAAAACAAAAUUCA